AUCUUAGUAGGUACAAAAAUAUACGAUUUUUAUUUUCUCGUUACAAUGAUUUAACUAUGGUAUAAAAAAAAAAUGCUUUGUUUUCUCGUUACGAUGAUUUAUGGCCAUUCCAUAAUUAGGGUGAUUUUUGUUUUUUCAUUACAAUGAUUUAUGUCACUCCAUAAUUUUGGUUAAAGGUUUAUAAAUUUUUUUAAGUGAAAAGAGGCUCGUGGGUUUCAGAGCUGGUUUACCCUUUAGAGAUAGAAAAGGAGGAAGAAGGAAGAGAAGAAAAUAGGGCUGGGCUCAUCGCCAUUAGGGCGCUCAUAGAGAGAAGAAGGAACAAGGAAUUUGGGUUUCACAUCUCUGUGUUUACGGUUUAGAGAGAGAAAAUGAGGAAGGAAGAGAAGAAAGUAGGGCUGGGUUCAUUGCAUUAGGGUUUAUAGAGAGAAGAAGGAAGAAGGAAGAGGUCAUCGGCUUCACAAACCCUAAUGGAAGAGGCUCUAAUUGAUUUUUAGAGAGAGACAAGGAAGAUGGGAUGCUGAUUUGGGAUAGUUUGAAGAGUUUUUUCUCUCUGAUUUGGGAUGUUGUUUUGAGAGAAAACCUUAACUAUACUGAUAUGUGAAGAGGCCCUCACUGAUUUUUAGAGAGAGAAAAGGAAGAGGGUUUUUCAUUUUCUGGAGAAAACAGAGAAAGGUUUGACAGGUUACAAGACCGGUGCGCCGUGACCUCUGAAACAAUGGAAAGCCCCCAAUUUGAUGAAGAAGAUAUGCAUUUUAUGGAUGGUGAGGAAUACCUUUUCUCUUCACCAAAAUUGGAUAAAAGUGAGGCUAGAAAGGGGAAGACUUCGAAGAAAUCACGAUCUGAAUCUGAAGAACACAAGAAACAAUUAGAGAGACUGAAAGAAAAGGAUCCAGAGUUCUAUAAGUUCUUGGCAAGUCAUGACAAGGAGCUUUUGAAAUUCAGUGAUGAAGAUGCAGAUGGGGAUGUGGAUGAGACAGAGGAUGCUGAAAUUGAUGAAGUCAGUCAACGGCCUGGAGCACUUGCAGAAAUGGCUGAGAAACCAUCUGUCAAGAUUAUCACAACUGCAAUGGUUGAUUCUUGGUGUAAAGUUAUUCAGGAAGAAAAAGGUAUAAGGCCUCUUCGUAUGCUCAUUCAAGCUUUCAGAUCUGCAUGCCAUUAUGGUGAUGGCGAUGAUGACUCUUCCUCAAAGCUUCGCAUCAUGUCGAGCAGUGUAUUCAAUAAAAUAAUGGUGUUUGUUCUAAGUGAGAUUGAUGGCAUUUUCCGAUCACUUUUUAUACUUCCUAGUUCGGGUGGGAAGAAGGAGACCAUUGUAGAAUUGAUGGCUCAAAAGGCUUGGAAGAGUUAUGGAUCUUUAGUGAAAUCAUAUCUUGGAAAUGCCCUUCAUGUACUGAACCAAAUGACGGACGGGCAGAUGAUCUUGUUCACAUUUAAGAAUCUUAGACAUUCAGCCAUAUUCUUGACAGCAUUUCCAAACCUCUUGAGGAAGUAUAUUAAGGUUGCGCUUCAUUUUUGGAGCACUGAAGAAGGAGCUCUUUCAGUUGUUUCUUUCCUGUUUCUACGAGAUUUAUGUAUUCGGAUUGGUUCAGAUUGUAUGGAACCAUGCUUGAAAGGCAUAUACAAGGCCUAUGUCUUGAAUUGCCGAUUUGUUAAUGCGACAAGAUUGCCUCAUAUUCAUUUUCUUGGGAACUGUGUGAUUGAGCUUUAUGGUUUGGACACAUCAAGUGCGUAUCAGCAUGCCUUUAUGUUUAUCCGUCAACUGGCGAUGAUUUUGCGAGAUGCGCUCACUGUCAAGACUAAGGAGGCGUUUCGGAAGGUUUAUGAGUGGAAGUACAUGAAUUGCCUUGAACUUUGGACUAGAGCUGUCUCCACAUACAAGGCGGAGCAUGAAUUCGGGCCCUUGGCUUACCCACUGAUGCAAAUAAUAUUUGGGGUGGGACGUUUGGUUCCAACUGCUCGAUAUUUUCCUUUGCGCUUGCAGUGUACUAGAAUGCUUAAUCGUAUUGCAAUUGCCACUGGGACUUUUCUUCCUGUUUCAUUUCUUCUCUUGGAUAUGCUGGAAUUUAAAGAGCUGAACAGAGCUCCAACUGGAGGUGUUGGAAAUGCAGUAGACUUUCGUACCACAUUGAAGGUUACCAAACAGAUGGUGAAGACACGCCCUUUCCAGGAGGAAUGUGUCUUCUCUGUAGUCCAAGAACUCUCUGAGCAUUUGGCUCAGUGGAGCUAUUCUAUGGCCUUCUUUGAAUUGGCAUUUAUUCCUCUCGCUCGUUUGCGAUGCUUUAGUAAAUCUACCAGGAUUGAGAGGUUCCGACGAGAAGUAAAGCAGCUUGUAAAGCAGGUGGAAUCUAAUGUUGAGUUUAUAAGUUCUAGACGAUCAAAUAUCAAUUUUUUUCCAAACGACCCCGCUGCCAUUGGUCCAUCUUCUGAGGUUGAGGAGGAGUUUGGAGUGAGCCCUUUGUCUAAAUAUGUUGACAGUUUGCGGCAAAGAGAACAGCAGCGAAAAGCUUCAAUGGUGGGAUCCAGUGUUCUUGUAGGUGAGACUGGAGCAUCAUUUUCUUCCAAAGAGAUCACGAAACUGGAGGAGGAAGAUAAGGGGAUGGGGAAAGAAGAAGGUGCCGCAGUUUUCAGCUCAUCAUGGUUGCCAGGAGGGAAACCUCAGCGCAAAAGUUCAAAACCCAAACAUUUGGAGUAUGAACAAGUGCAGAACGCUGAUGAGGACUUGGUCUCAGAGUUGGAGCUCUCUUCAGAUGAUGAAGAAGAAAACACGCCAGAGCUCGAACCACGCUCUGCCUCUGAAGAGCCGGAAGACAAGAUGACUCCAAGAACUAAAGGCAAGAAACGAAAACCUGAGUCCCUAAUUUCCAAACAAAAAUCUCGAAAACCCAAUGCCGGUGGGAGGAGGAAGAAGAUGAAGAAGAGCGCAAGGUGAUUUUUAAUGAGCUUUGUGAUAUUGUAACAUGGGUUGUACAAUUUUCAUGAAAAUUUUGUAGUGUUUUGCUUUGUUUUUGCAAUUUUGGUGUUUGUUCCUUCUCCCAUUUUGAUUUUCUUUUUGCUUGAUGUCCUUAUGGUUUCUCUAUCCUUGGCCCUUUGAUUUUUUAUAUAUAUUGGUUUUAGUGAAACAUGGUUUUCACAAUUCAAGAAGAAGACUCAUUAUCAGUUUUAGUGACAUAUGGUUUUCACAAUUCUAAUUCUGUUUGUAAUAUUUUUGGGUGCCUGCGUGCCCUCGCACCGGAAAUCUGAUUUCUCCGAGGGUCUGGAGCACCAAUUUCAAUGACCUGGCUGUAACCAGCUAUUGUUUCUCUUGAAGUUAGUGGUCGUUAUGUAACGGCCAUGGUGACAGUAAUGUGGUGCUGAUGUUAAAGCCUUGCAUUUGCC